AUUCAAGUACUCACUCUGCAGAAAAAAUAGUGUUUCUAUUAUUUUGUCCAUCUCAUUUAUAUUGGUGAAUGUAGGUCAAAUCGCAGAAACACGUCUCAGUAUAAUGCAGCUAACCCUAAACUACAAUCUCCAAAAUGAUCACACAGUUGAACCAACACCUUUCAGAAACAGUUUCAAGUAAAAACGGAUCAUUAUAACUUUCAUAAAGGAGGAUUUACUACAGGACUGGUGUAUUAGACUGCAUUAGUUUUCUGGCAACUGGUUGUGCAUACAUGAAUCUUUAAAUACAGUUUGACAGUUUAAGUCCAGUGGUUCUCACCCUGGGGGUAAGGCCCCCCAACAAAAGGUGACAAUAUAAUUUCUCUCCAUGUUUUUCGGCAAUUCAACCCUCUUUGAGCCUCAAACAGUUAUUUGAAUUAAACCAUCUGAGAAGUGUAUAAAAGGGAAAUGUCUCUUUGGUGGAACUGCUGCCAACCUAUAAACAAGGGGACCCAAGACAAUGUUUUUUGUUAGGGAUCACAAGCCAAAAAGGUUUAUGAACCACUGGAAUAGUUCAUAACAAAAUACUGUAGUUUACAGGCUUAUAAUAGGUUCUUUUAUGUAAAAUCAUAAUCUGAAAAGUAGAUAGUAAACUGUCACACACUCAGUUCUCUUUCUCCGUCUUACUGCGCUCAUACCAUUCUCAGUCACCCACUCAAUCUAAGACGCUCUUCUCUCUCUCUCUGUCUUACUGCCUCCUUUCCUUCCUCAUUCAUCUGUAAACGUGAACGAGACUCAACACGUCACUUUGACCAUUCAGCCUCGCUUCCUGCUCUCACACUCUGUGUUCCCUGCGCUACAGCACUCAGUGCUGCUCCACAGAUUGCGGCCUGGAUGGAUUAGUUAGGUGUACGUGUGUGUAGAUGUGUGACAGCGGAGUGUGUGAGGACAAGCCCCCCGCCCCCCCUGUCAGGAUGAGCAGCCAAGGAGGAGGAGCCAAGGACACCCAGUCAGCCAAUCACAGCUCUCGGCCGCUGCCGUCUGUACCGGAGGAGAGGAAAUCCAGAAACAAGAUCAUUUCCAUGUUUGCCUCUGAGAAAGGAGGCAGGAAGAAGGACCGGGACAAGGACAGACCUGAGAUAUCCUCCCCGUCGGACUUUGAACACACCAUCCAUGUGGGUUUUGAUGCCGUCACUGGAGAGUUCACUGGCAUGCCGGAGCAGUGGGCCCGUCUCCUUCAAACCUCUAACAUCAGUAAAUCAGAACAGAAACAGAAUCCUCAGGCCGUCCUCGACAUUCUCAAGUUCUAUGACUCCACCAGUGGAAAACAGAAAUACCUCAGUUUUUCCGCCUCGGAUAAAGACUCACAGUCGGGUAAGCAGGGUACAGUGACCUCCCCGUCAGGUGGCAAGGAUGGUGACGAUGAUGACGAUGACGAUACGCCACCUCCAGUUGUGGCCCCACGGCCAGAACACACAAAAUCAGUGUACACGAGGUCGGUGAUAGAUCCACUCCCUGCUCCAGAGGGAGAUGCCGCCUCGAAGGCAGCUGACAAACAGAAAAAGAAGGGAGGCAAAAUGACUGAUGAGGAGAUCAUGGAGAAACUAAGAACUAUUGUCAGCAUUGGAGAUCCUAAGAAGAAAUACACUCGCUAUGAGAAGAUCGGCCAGGGGGCGUCUGGCACUGUUUACACAGCCAUAGACGUUGCCACAGGACAAGAGGUGGCCAUCAAACAAAUCAACUUGCAGAAGCAGCCAAAGAAAGAGCUGAUUAUCAACGAGAUCCUGGUUAUGAAGGAGCUGAAGAACCCCAACAUUGUCAAUUUCGUAGAUAGUUUCCUUGUAGGAGAUGAGCUAUUUGUGGUGAUGGAGUACCUGGCUGGUGGCUCCCUAACUGAUGUCGUGACGGAGACGUGCAUGGACGAGGCUCAGAUCGCCGCUGUGUGCAGAGAGGUCCUUCAGGCUCUGGAGUUUCUACACGCCAACCAGGUCAUCCACAGAGACAUCAAGAGUGACAACGUACUGCUGGGAAUGGACGGAUCGGUCAAGCUCACUGACUUCGGCUUCUGUGCCCAGAUCACUCCGGAGCAGAGCAAACGCAGCACCAUGGUGGGGACUCCAUACUGGAUGGCUCCAGAGGUGGUGACCAGGAAAGCCUAUGGACCCAAAGUGGACAUUUGGUCUUUGGGGAUCAUGGCCAUAGAGAUGGUGGAGGGAGAGCCUCCAUAUCUCAACGAGAACCCUCUCAGGGCAUUGUAUUUAAUUGCCACCAAUGGGACUCCUGAGCUGCAGAGUCCAGAGAAGCUGUCCCCUGUCUUCAGAUCCUUCCUGUCCCGCUGUCUGGAGAUGGACGUGGAGAAACGAGGAUCAGGCAGAGAACUGCUACAGCAUCCAUUCCUGAAGCUGGCCAAGCCUCUGUCCAGCCUCACCCCGCUCAUCCUGGCAGCCAAGGAGGCCAUGAGGAGCAACCGCUAAAUCCCAGUCUCUAAAGACUUUAAGACCUAACGCCAAUGACAUCCAAACCAGCCAGCAUCUUCUACUGGUCUACGUAUGGUGGUCAUCAGACCUGCUAGUGUUUGUGUUUUUUCAAAAGGGUCAUAAAAUGCAUUUCCACUCAUCCCAGUGUUUCUGUACUGAAGCCAUAUUUAUCUUACCUUUCAGCCUCAGUUCAAAUCUGCAUAAGGCCAUAGUGUGUUCUCUAUUUGUUGCUGCAAAUGCUGGUUAUUAUGCAUAUCUGGAAUGUGGGAUUAUUGUUGCACAGGUUCAAGACUUUUUACACACCAAGGCUCACAUUCACAAAGGAUCUUAUCUUACCACUGGGAGUCCCCCCUAAAGUCACUAAAAGCUCCUAUUGAGAGUUUCCUCUUAAGAGCAGUUCACAAAGCUCCUGAGAGUUGCUUUUACAGAGGAAAUGAGGAACUCCUUAGAGGAAGAGAAGGGACAGGGGGGGCUAUGGUAAGCUAUGGAUGACAUCAAUGCUGUGUCUCAACUCCAUACUACAUACUAAUUAUAAGCAGGCCAUGUUUAUGUUGUAUGUUCCUACUGAAAAGUGCCGAAAUAAACUUAACUAUACUCAAAACAGUCAGUAUGCUGACUUAAAAAAAAGACCCCUUGAUUUCUCAGUGUGCUGUUGAUGAACACUACUUGCUUACAAUGCAAUGCACAAAGGAAAUGGAGGAGCUGCGCAUAGCUGGAAAAAAACAAACAGAAAAAAACUGUUAUAUGUUCUGCUGUUUCUCUGUGAAGUUUAAUUGGAGGUGGUAUUUUAUUCUUGGUGUGAUUGACAUCACAAUUUCCAGUAAUGAUUAAACAGUUAAGUAUGUUGAUUUACCAUAUACUAACUGCAAAGACAGUGUACUAUAAAGAUUAGUAUGUAGUAUAUACUGUAUAGCAGUAGCAUGUAGUAUGAAAUUGGGACAUAGUUUAAGUUUCAUGAAUGAGCUUGUUAGCUAAAUGAAAUAUAUUAUGUAUAAUUUCCCCAAUUAUACAGGAACACAAGAACAAAUUCAAUUGAAUAAACAUAGAUGGAUCUAAUCUUCACUUCACAUUAUCUCAUUUGAAUAAAUUUUUGAGGCCCAGCAAGGUAAAAGUAAAUGUUUGUUUUCCACAAAAAAGGGAAAUAUUUGAGAUAAGAAUUUAAAUUUAAAUGAAUCAUUUAUCAAAAUAGUUUAAUCAAUUAAUCAUAUCAACUCUACUUGGGAUUGUUUGAGAUUAAAGUUUUAUGACAUGAGCGAACUUGUUCAUCAUGAGGAAUCUAGAAUUUUGGUGUGUGGAGAGAAUGGAACUUUUGCAACUGGUUUCCAUGGCUGCUGUUGCUGUGGUUACAUGUGCGCAUUCUGACGGGGGUCCAUUAGGUCUGAAAGCAGCCUGGAAAACUACAGUGUACUAAAGUUGUGCUGCACUGUGGCCUGGCAUGGGACAGUGCAGUCUUUGUGCAGUGGAAAAGCCAUACCAGUGUCCUGGUUUGACCCUGUAUCUCAGUGAAAAUCAAGCCAUUCCAGUAAAAGGGUGGGAUUCAAGUUUUAGAUUUUUUUUUUUUUUUUUCUUUUUUGCAGUCUGUUUUUGCUUUUAUUAUUUUCUAAUGGUAGAUGAAAAAUGUCAGUGGUUUCAACCUUCUGGUGGCUGUUUAGGCACCAAAAUACACACUAUCAUCAUCUCGACUCAGACUCCAUACGCCUCUGCUAUCAAAAUCCCUCUUCAGGCUCUUCUACAAACUAUGCAAACUAUGAACACUGAAAAAUGCCUUGAAUGCUCGGGCUUACUGUACCUGCCACAUUUCUCUCAAUUUGAUGCUUUGUCUGGAUAUUCUGUUUGUCUUUAUCUCUGCCUUUUGCAAUAGAAGCCUUACUGGCAGUGUGUUGGGGUGAGUACAACACAAAUACUGUAUGAAAUUGUCUGUUGAACUGGAGGAAGACUUUGCAUUUUUUGUAUAUUACAUAUUGGUAAUGUCCUGUAUUUUUUUUUUUUUUUUAACGGCUUUUAAAAAGUAUGUAUAUCAUUGUUUUAUAUUUGUAACUAACACAACAGAAGACAUUUUUUUAGCAUGUUUUUGUGUACCAAUUCAUCCUCAGUUCCCUGAACUGUGCCAUUAUGAACUCCAAAUCAUAAAAUGUAUUGAUAAGCCUGAGAAACUCGA